AGGAUGUUCAAAGUUGAGGAGUCAUCGAAAGGCAGUUUCCUCCAGCAGACUAAGGCAGCUAGGGAGGAACGAGCUAAUGAAAAAUAUAAAGAGGAAGCUGUAAUACGUAUUCAAGCUAAUGUCAGAGGUUGGCUCGCUCGCCUCAAACUCACCAAAACAAUUUUGGAAGAUUUUGAUGCAGCAUUACCAGAGAAAUUAGAUUCUGAUGGCGAUGUGCAGUUGAAACCUGCUUUACAUAUAUACAAGGUCACUUCAAGGUUCUUAUUUGUGUACAAAAAAGGAAAAGACGAAGAAAGGUUGGAGCGAUUAUGCAGAUACCUUGUGCAGACUCUCGAUUCAGAGUCAUUCAAGUCAUCUUACGUGGGUGUAGCAUUGAACAAAGACUAUUCGAUAUCAUGGAUAUCACAGAUGAAAACAGUUUUGCUGUACUGCCUGACUGGUCUAGAGGAUUUAAGACCAGAAAGGGUUUCGGAUCACAAAUCUAUUUUGCUGAGAUUGCACACAUUAGUUAGUUUUACAUCAGCUGGAACAUGGACCAUACUCAGAGUCAAGGGUAUGGAAAAGUUCAGAAAUGGAAUGAAUCAACUUUGCGCCAAUAUUAUGGGCCACCUUGUUAACAGUGGCUUCUAUGCAAUUAUGCAGGUACUUCUAGUCAAAGGAUUAGGCAGAGCGAAAAUUGCGUUUACACCUGUUGCCUUGUCAGCUGCGGUAAUGCUGUCGUUAAGACCUUUAAUUUCUUCACAGAUGUCCGACAAGCUGGUAUCGAUGUUUCUCAUCAAUAUUUGUAGCGUUCCUGCCUUGAUUUACCAUCUGAAUAUCAUGUCUCCAGAGUGUAUCUCAGCUCUCACCACCCAUAAUUUAUUUAUGAGGAGCCUCGAGCUGCUAAAUUCUGAGCAAAACUUGAGAGUGGUAUUCAAUGCAUUAGAGGGUAGCUAUGCUCUUUGUUUACUAGCAAAUUUAACACAGCUCGCCAACAUUGAGAGAGAUGAGGUGCUGAGAGAACUCUACUUCCCUUCUUUCACAUUUGUCGUAACAAGAAUGUUAGAGGCUUGUCAGCAGUAUGUUGUAGCUAAAAAAAGCAAUUUGACUCACUGGCAUCCCGUUUUGGGAUGGUUCGCACAAAGCGUCGAUACGACUCUUCAGGAUGCUAUUCCAUACGUGAAAUUGCAGCUUUCAUGUCUUUGGACCGGAAAAAUUGUAUCACAGCUAAUUGGUUCACCACUGAGUGAAUUAGUUGAAAAAGAACCACAAUUUCAAUCUGAUCAUCAGAGCACAUCGAUUGGAACCAACAUUUUUCGUCGUGCCUUUUUAGAAGCUCGAACUAACAGAAAUAAUAGUAAUAAGAACUUUCGAAAAUUGGGCAGCCCUGAGUCAACUAAAAUAGCAUUGAUUUGUUCUUUGUAUCAAACAGCUUUACACACUUUGACACAAAUGAAUCUUGAUAUUUUAACUGGCUUGUGUUAUCAAGAUAAAAUUCUAUAUCACAUGUGGUUGUUUCUCUGCACACUUGGCCAGUACUGUGGUUUGAAAGCAUUUCUUGAUCACUUGGCUGCAAACACCAAAUGUACUGCCCCAGAGUUUCAAAUGUUGAUAUUAUUCUGCGAUUGUAUGACCCAUUACGUUACGAUUCUCGACGAUAUGGAAAUGUAUGAACAACAGGAUCCAUUCAAGCUCACGGAUUUUGUUGCCAUGUCUUAUUUCUUGAACCAGUUUUUGUAUAAAGCAGUCUUGAAUAAUUUGUUUGAUGUUACAGAUGUAAAGACAGUUUCAAGUAAUCCCCUCUUCACAUCUCUCCACACUCUUCUGAUGGCGUUAUACCGGAGGGAUUGUCGGAGAACCUUCUGUCCCGAUGGACACUGGUUGGCAAAGGAGGUACGAGUCUCAGGAUUCCUCGCGGACUUAGAGAAAGGUAGGAGAGGAGCUGCUUUGUUGUUAUCAAAAAUGCCUCAUGUCAUACCACAUUCCGAACGAGUCGUACUUUUCCGUAAACACGUUUCUGACGAAAAAGCUGUGUUGGGACUGACUGUCAGUGCCUGUAACAGUCCACCAUCAACUCUUAUAGCUGUACAUAGAUCGCGCAUUGUCGAAGACGGUUACAGGCAACUUGCUAUGUUGCCAUCACAAGCCUUGAAAGGUGUGAUAAGAGUAAGAUUUGUAAACGAACAAGGCCUAGAUGAGGCCGGUAUAGAUCAAGAUGGUGUAUUUAAAGAGUUUCUCGAAGAAACCAUCAAGAGGGUGUUUGAUCCUUCGUUGAAUCUUUUUAGGGCUACGACUGAAAACAGGUUGUAUCCCUCUCCAACAUCUUCAAUGCAGGACAAUCACCUUCAACUUUUUGAAUUUGUUGGACGCAUGCUUGGAAAAGCUGUAUAUGAAGGAAUCGUAGUUGACGUUCCAUUCGCGUCAUUUUUUGUUUCCCAGUUCUCUGGCCAAACUGGCGGUGCUCUUUACAGUUGGCUUGAUGAGUUAGCAUCUUUAGAUCGAGAUCUGUACCGGAGUCUGACACUUGUAAAGCAUUUUAAAAGUGAUGUGCGACAACUAGAACUAACAUUUUCUCUUGAUGAAGAUGUUCUCGGUAAACUUGUUACUCAUGAACUUGUACCAGGCGGAAGGGCAGUCCCAGUAACCAACCAAAAUAAAAUCAAUUACAUCCAUCUAAUGGCACAUUUCCGAAUGCAUACUCAAAUUAAGGAUCAAACCAUAGCUUUUAUCAAAGGAUUCCGAUCUAUCAUUAAUCCCGAUUGGCUGGCCCUUUUCUCAACACCAGAGCUACAACGAUUAAUAUCUGGUGAUAAUGUUCCUCUGGAUCUACGAGAUCUUAGGCGUCACACGCAAUAUUAUGGAGGCUUUCACGACAGUCACCGAGUAGUUUGCUGGCUAUGGGACAUCCUGGAGAAAGAUUUUUCUGAAGAGGAAAGAGGCUUGUUCUUAAAAUUUGUUACAAGCUGUUCGAAGUCACCAUUAUUGGGAUUUGCUCAUCUGGAGCCUCCAUUUUCAAUCCGGUGCGUUGAAGUGGGUGAUGAUGAAGACACGGGGGACACGAUAGGGAGCGUGAUCAGAGGAUUUUUUACAAUCCGUAAAAAGGACCCUCAAAAUCGUUUGCCAACAUCUUCGACAUGCUUUAAUCUUUUGAAAUUGCCGAAUUACCAGAAGAAAAGCACGUUACGUGAGAAAUUACGUUACGCUGUCACGAGCAACACUGGUUUCGAACUUUCAUAAGGUACCCAGUAUAUAUUGUGAAUGCCAAAAAACCAUUGGAGUUAUAAUUCUUGCAGAUGCUAUUCUAUCUGGGCAGGUUGAUUAGAGUUCAGCUUAAUUUAUAGAGUGUGAAAUAUGUACAAAAUUUGUAUGCCUGAGGUACAUUUUACUUUCAAAGUACUUUUCUUGCACUUUUUCUUGACGCUAACUGAAACAUGGAAUCGUCGCCUGCUUCGUGAAUCGAUGUUUGCACUAAUUACAGCAGAAUCUGACGUGAUAUAAUUAAUUUACAAAUACUGUAAUCAUAAUUCCUAGGACUAUAAAAUUGUCGCGGUAUUAAGGGUAUAAAAUAACUGUCAAUAAAUGUGUGUAUAUGAUGGUACGGUAUGAUGUAAUAAUAUCUAUUACUUUUUGAUAAAAUGCAGAUAAUCAAUCAUGUAAACGAAGAAAUAGUAAUUGGAGACAAAUCUAUGCUGAUGUAAUGCAUAUGUCUAGAACCCAUUGAGGCGAAUAUAUUUCAUAGGCAAGGUGGUGAAGUGGAUGCAAAUCUUUUUAAUUUUAGGUAUCGUAUUUAUGUGCGGAUUAUUUAUUAAUGCGUCUACUCUAUUAUCAUCGCAACAUAGGUAUGGUCGCAUCAUUUAUUGGAGUGUUUUUUCCUUCUUUCUUUCUACACCCAAACUAAUGCUGAUCUUGCAACUUUUGAACCAGGCGUGCUUACUAGGGUAGAGAUUUUUAGUGAUAUAGCGCUUAUUGAAAAGAAAUGGAAAUGUUGAAAAUUUUUGGAUCUUUAUAGGAUAUGCUAUCGGAGAUUCAGAUCUCGUUUUCUGAUUUCAACAAAGUUUGGAUGCAAAUAGUCAUAUAGUAGUCUGUAGCCUAUACUGAAUUUUACAGAAUCUCCGAUAGGCAUAUUGCAAAUAGAACACGACUUUAUCGUGUGAAAUUCAUUCAGAAUUCAAUUCCUUUACAGCAACAAUAUAUUUAUUAUUGAUAUAUCGCCGUUGCAACAAUAAUUGCUAAAAAUUGAGUGACUUCUGAAUUAAUUUCAAACAGACCAAAGAUUAACUAAUACGUAUAGUUUACCAAAUAUGAUAAAGAUAAAUCAGUAGUGUUAUGUCAACGAACGGAAAUAAUGAAUCCAGAAUAUUUUCCUACGAAUAAACGUUGUUGACGGUUGUAGUUGGUUACCUAGUGUUUUAUAAUGAUAAUUGUAUCAAGCUUUCGAAUUAUUAACAUUUUGGUAAACAGAUGUAUCAUAUAAUAGUUAUGGCACUUGGAUUAUUCGUUGGUGGGAAAAAUUAAUUUUCUAAACUUGUUCAACAAAUUGAAGACAAACAAAGGUAAAACAGUUAUAAAUAAUGAUAAAGCUAUGAACAAACAACAUGUGUGUAUGAUUUAAUUCACACAUCUAACGCACACUCGGAAAAAUUAACGUAUCGAUGAAUAUUUUCCAAAUUUCUUUGUUUUUACAUUUGAAAAUUGCGAACUUCUAUCAAUGCUGAUACGAAGAAUGAAUAUACAUUGUAAAAACUUAUAAUAUUGCCAAAAUAAAUGGAAUCUUGGGUCUCUCAAAUUUUAGACUGCAAAAAAAAAAAAAUAACUUUGGGUACACACGUGCUAUUUUAUUUAAUAGAUUAAUAAAAAGUAAAUUGGUGAAAUAAUCCCCCAGGUUUUGCUUUGCAUACAGUUGUCAUAGGUAUAUUGGUAUAUCGAUUGACAAUUUGAAUUACAUAAUGAUUGUCCUUGCAAAAUUCCCUGUAUAGUUUAUCAUGCCUAUAUUAUAUUGUAUAUCAAGAAGGACCAUGCUUUGUAAAUUUAUGUCAUAACACAAUAUCGUUGAUUAUACAUAUUCUGCGAAAGGAUUUUGUAAUUAUUAUCAUAAUAUGUAUAUUGUUGUUUAAUUAAGUGAAAAGGAACAAAAAAAAGUAAAAACAUAAUAUGCAAUAAUAAUACUGUAAAUAUGCACCCAAUUAAAUCUUGUAUACCAUA